AUGCGACAGGAAUUCACAAUCAUCGUCUCUGCUCUGUCGAAGAAGAGCCCGCGAGCCCUAAAGCAACUUGAAGCAAUUCGCGCUUGCAUUAGUUUCUUUUCUUUUCUUUUUGUUGAUAUGAGAAGGAAGACAAGAACAAACCCUAGGUGGAAAGGUAAAGCCCAAGACUAUCUAGCUUUUACUCCGACAACUGUUCGUGGCAUAGCUCCAGCCUCCGUUGGAAUUCGUGGCGUCGCUGUUCGGAGAUGGAGAUGGAGAAGUAGAGCGGAGGAGCUACGGAGGCUUGGGUGUCCUUGA